GUAUUGAGAGAGAACAGACCAGGAAGUGUGAGCCUGCACACCCUGGGCCAUGUGAGGGAAAAGACCACACUGGGCUAUGGAUAAGAAUGCAUUUAGAACCAGCACAGUGCUCUUUCAACUUGAAUAUAAUCACACAGGGAUCUUUGGAAAUGUUGGUGUUGACAUAGGUCUAGGGCCAUGCCUGCGGUUUUGUAGCUCUUACCAUCUCCCAGGUUGGUCCCUGGGUCUUCUGGGAAAUAGGGCAGAAGUCUAGCAGCCCCACUAGCAGGCCUGGGUGAGGGACAGGUGCAGAGGAAGGAAUUGGGACCCCAGGUGACAUCGCAUAUCCACUUGGGGGCGCAGCACUGAAAUUCAGACAGAGCCCCACAUCGCCCCCUGGUGGACGUGGUGCUAUAUCACCUGGCAGUCGGCCACCCUGUAGCCUUGACGAUUAUUCUAGAAGGUACCCUGGGUCGCUAGUGCGGGUCAUCUGGUACUGUGUGGUGAGUCCCAAGAUGGGGUGUAGGGCUGGGAGUGCUCAGUGCUGAUAAGCAGCUCUUCACUGGGAGAGCUUUUUGUCCGGAACAGUAGGGUGCGGUGCCAAGUAGCUCUGGAGCAGUUUGGGGGAAACUAAGGGGUGAGAAUCUGGGGGCCUUACCCUGUACCUAGGCUCCUUUUUUACCUUGGCCUCACCACUGGAUGUGAAUUCUUGACCUGGGAGACUAACCUGGUAUGUCUGUCAGUUUUCUUUUUCUAUAAAACGUGCCUACGAUCACAUUUUGAGGAGGAAUAAAUGAAAGGUGCAGGUUCUUGCAGCCAACAUAUGUUGCAGGCCAGGUCAAAGGUCACAGGGCCCUUGAACCCAUCAGUGAAGACCUGGCCUGACCUGGUGGUCUUAGCCGAAUAGCCUGGAGAUGAUGCAGUUACCAGGAGGGGCAGCAGUGGGGAGAUGACAGCCCAGAGGUGGGGCGAGGCUGGAGCAGGUAGGGAGCAUUCCCCUUGUUAACUGCCCCAGUCUUUUGCCUGUGUUCCUCCAUCCUUUCCCUUCUUGGGAACUUGGGACUCUGAGCCCCAGCUGGUGAGGGAGGAGGGGAGUGAGCGACAGGCCAGCAGACCAAUGGGCCCCUGAGGUUGGGGUGGGGCGGGGCUUGUGCUGCCAUGGAGAGGAGAGAAGCUGUUCUGUGGGGGAGGAGGGGGCGGGUGGGAAGAGGACCUGGAGAUUGAGGGGAAAGGAGAGAGCAAACAAAGGGGUCAGGAGGGAAAAUAAUGCACUGGCUUCCUGAGGCCCUGCGGAGGCUGGGCAGGGAGAGGGGGCCAGGGGUAAAGGGGACCAAGGCUGGCGGCAGGCAGGCAGGGGCAGGCGGGUCCUAAAUGGCAUUGUUUGAAGUGGCCGGCUAAUUGCACAGAAAAGCAUAAGCCUCAGACCACAGCCCAGCCCCCUCCUCUGUCCUGGGUGCUGGUAUCUGAGCCUUCGGGCCGCCUGGCCACAUGGAACCAAGUCCUGAGCCUCCGAGUUUGGAAACAAUGAAGGGAGACACCAGACAACUCAACAGAGAGGAGGACGCCAGCGGGAGGGAAGACUCCAUCAUCACUAAUGGGGGCUGCAGCGACCAGUCUUCUGACUCCAAGGAUGCGCCCUCACCCCCCAUCCUGGAGGCUAUCAGCACCCCGGAGAUCAGAGGUCGCAGAUCAAGCUCUCGGCUGUCAAAGAGGGAGGUCUCCAGUCUGCUAAGUUAUACUCAGGAUCUGACAGGUGACGGAGAUGGCGAGGGGGAAGAUGGAGAUGGCUCUGACACCCCGGUGAUGCCCAAACUCUUCCGAGAAACCAGGACGCGGUCUGAGAGCCCAGCUGUCCGAACUCGAAAUAACACCAGUGCCUCCAGCCGGGAGCGGCCCCGGCCCUCCCCACGUUCCACCCGAGGCCGGCAGGGCCGCAAUCACGUGGAUGAGUCCCCCGUGGAGUUUUCAGCUACCAGGUCCCUGAGGAGGCGGACAGUAUCCUUGGCAGGCACACCGUGGCCGUCCCCAGCCAGCCCCUACCUCACCAUUGACCUCACGGAUGAUGACGUCGUGCCCCAGAGCAGCAGUACCCCCUACGCCCGCCUGGCCCAGGACAGUCAGCAGGAUGGCCCUGAGUCCCCACAGGUGGACCUGGAGGCUAGAGAUGCUGACAGCGCUGAGUAUCAGGAUGGGAAGGAGUUCGGGAUAGGGGAUCUAGUGUGGGGAAAGAUCAAGGGCUUCUCCUGGUGGCCUGCCAUGGUGGUGUCCUGGAAGGCCACUUCCAAGCGCCAGGCCAUGUCCGGCAUGCGGUGGGUCCAGUGGUUUGGUGAUGGCAAGUUCUCUGAGGUGUCUGCAGAUAAGCUAGUGGCCCUGGGGCUGUUCAGCCAGCACUUCAACCUGGCGACCUUCAAUAAGCUGGUCUCUUACAGGAAGGCCAUGUACCAUGCAUUGGAGAAAGCCAGGGUGCGGGCUGGCAAAACUUUCCCCAGCAAUCCUGGAGACUCCUUGGAUGAUCAGCUGAAGCCCAUGUUAGAGUGGGCCCAUGGGGGCUUUAAACCCACUGGGAUCGAGGGCCUCAAACCAAACAACAAGCAACCAGUGGUUAAUAAGUCGAAGGUGCGUCGUGCAGGCAGUGGGAACUUAGAAUCAAGGAAAUACGAGAAUAAGACCAGAAGACGCACAGCUGAUGACUCUGCUGCCUCUGACUACUGCCCCCCACCCAAACGCCUAAAGACCAACUGCUACAACAAUGGCAAAGACCGAGGAGACGAGGACCAGAGUCGAGAACAAAUGGCUUUGGAUGUUAGCAACAACAAGAGUAACCUGGAAGAUAGCUGUCUCUCCUGUGGUCGGAAAAACCCCGUGUCCUUCCAUCCUCUCUUUGAGGGGGGGCUCUGCCAGACGUGCCGGGACCGCUUCCUCGAGCUCUUCUACAUGUACGACGACGACGGCUACCAGUCCUAUUGCACGGUGUGCUGUGAGGGCCGCGAGCUGCUGCUCUGUAGCAACACGAGCUGCUGCCGGUGCUUCUGCGUGGAGUGCCUGGAGGUGCUGGUGGGCACAGGCACCGCGGAGGACGCCAAGCUGCAGGAGCCGUGGAGCUGCUUCAUGUGCCUCCCGCAGCGCUGUCACGGUGUCCUGCGCCGCCGCAAGGACUGGAACGUGCGCCUACAGGCCUUCUUCACCAGCGACCCGGGCCUUGAAUACGAAGCCCCCAAGUUAUACCCUGCGAUUCCCGCAGCCCGAAGGCGGCCCAUUCGAGUCUUGUCCCUGUUUGAUGGAAUUGCAACAGGGUACUUGGUCCUCAAAGAACUGGGCAUCAAAGUGGAGAAGUACGUCGCCUCUGAGGUGUGCGAAGAAUCCAUUGCUGUUGGAACUGUGAAGCAUGAGGGGAACAUCAAAUAUGUGAAUGACGUCAGGAACAUCACGAAGAGAAAUAUUGAAGAAUGGGGACCCUUUGACUUGGUGAUUGGUGGAAGCCCAUGCAAUGAUCUCUCCAAUGUGAACCCUGCCAGGAAAGGCCUGUAUGAGGGCACAGGCCGCCUCUUCUUUGAGUUCUACCACCUGCUGAACUACACACGUCCCAAGGAGGGGGACGACCGGCCCUUCUUCUGGAUGUUUGAGAACGUGGUAGCCAUGAAGGUUGGCGACAAGAGGGACAUCUCUCGUUUCCUGGAGUGUAACCCAGUGAUGAUUGAUGCCAUCAAAGUGUCUGCUGCUCACAGGGCCCGCUACUUUUGGGGCAACCUGCCUGGAAUGAACAGGCCCGUGAUAGCAUCAAAGAAUGAUAAACUCGAGCUACAGGACUGCUUGGAAUUCAAUAGGACAGCAAAGUUAAAGAAAGUACAGACAAUAACCACCAAGUCGAACUCGAUCAGACAGGGGAAAAAUCAACUUUUCCCUGUUGUCAUGAAUGGCAAAGAAGAUGUUUUGUGGUGCACUGAGCUAGAAAGGAUCUUCGGCUUUCCUGUACACUACACGGAUGUGUCCAACAUGGGCCGUGGUGCCCGCCAGAAGCUGCUUGGGAGGUCCUGGAGUGUGCCUGUCAUCCGACACCUCUUCGCCCCCCUGAAGGACUACUUUGCCUGUGAAUAGCCCUCCCAGGCACCCUGAGCCCAGGAGCACUGGGGCUUGUGGGGUAGAGCCAGCACCCAGUAGGUACAGCCCACGCUCUACCCUUCCCCUGCUCAGCAUUGUGGGGUCACGCCACACAACCUUGGCAGGAGCAGAGCCACGUGACCCCCUCCUGGCAAGGGGAGCCUGAGGUGCUGCCACCUCCUUCUGCACAAUUCAGAUCCAGCCGCUAGGAGCGGCCAAACACGGUGCUCAUUUUGUCUUCUCUGAAAACUUUUUUAAAACUUGAAGUGUAGGUAGUAAGAUGGCUUUUUUUUCCCUCCUGGGUUUACUGCUCAGAGAAACAAUGGCUAAAGUACCAAAACCACAGUGCCGACAGCUCUCCAAUACUCAGGUUAAUGCUGAAAAAUCACCCGAGACAGUUACUGGUAAGGCUUUGAUACAUUUUUUUUUUUUUUUAAAUCAUAUGUAGCUCCUUAUUUCCAGGAGCACGCAGUGGUAGACAUGUAGCUGAGGGACAUUUUAAGGGCCCUGGGUGUGUUUUUUCUCUAGGGCUAGCAGAAGAGGAAAGGAUGCCUGUCUGUCUUGAAUUUUACCCAGCACAUUCCCUUGGCCUCAGUGUAAAGGGCUGGGACCAUGUAGGGUCAGGGUCCAUGUAGAGUAUUUUCCACAAUGAUGAUGAUGUCAGCAGGGAUGACCUCAUCAUCACAUUCAGGGCUAUUCCCUGCCCACCCCCCCACCCCCCAACAACAAACCCAAGGGGACAGCCACCCUUCA